AUGGCCUUCUUCUUCCUGUCAUCCAACAGGUCGUCGUGUUUUGUAGCAGCAGUUGCACUGCUACUACUAGUUGCAGCUCUUUUUGUGCAGACUAGCAAUGCAAGAAACGUACCUACCACGCUAAUAAGUGACAAAACUCCGGCAGCCGUCGUGGAGGUGGUGGAUACCGCCGCACCAAAUAAUAAUAAGCAGCAGCAGGGGGUUGAAGAUGAGAAGAACUUCAUUGCGUAUGGUGGCGUGGGUGGUUUUGCGGGUGUUGGUGGAUACGCGGGCGUACUCCCAACACUUGGGGGAGUAGGUGGUGCUAGUGGGCUUCCCGGCAUAGGUGGUCUUGGGGGCGCUAGUGGUAUCGGUGCCGGUGGUGGUCUGGGGGGACUUGGUGGGGGAGUUGGUGCAGUCAAAGGUGGCGGCAUCGGUGGUGGCAUCAUUGUUCCUUAA